AUGCCCAGAAAGGACAGUGAAAGCAGCUGCUCUUCUCAUGAUUCUCACCCAGAAGAGAAUGAGACUCUUUCUAAUGAUAUUGUUCUCAAUAAGUACCAAAAGGCUGCUGAAAUCACCAACGCCGUUCUCAAGGCUGUUAUUGCAGAAGUUAAAGUAGGAGCUGAAGUUGGAGUUCUCUGCGAUCUCGGAGACAAAUUGAUCUUGGAAAAGACUUCUCAGAUCUUCAAGAAAGAGAAAAAUGUUACUAAGGGAAUCGCUAUGCCAACCUGUAUCUCAGUUGAUAACUGCAUUUGCCAUUUUUCUCCAUUGAAAUCUGACAAAGUUGUAACUCUCGCAGAAGGUCAAGUAGUAAAGAUUGAUUUGGGAACCACCAUCGAUGGAUUUGUUGCUACUGCUGCUCAUACCGUUGUUGUUGGCGCAUCUGCUGGAAAGAAGGUUUCUGGAAAAACUGCUGAUCUCAUCAAAGCCACUUAUGAUGCUCUCGAAGUCGCCAUUCGCAUGCUCCGUCCAGGAAAUGUCAACAUGGACAUCACUGCUGCCAUUGAUAAGGUAGCUGCCGAAUAUGGUGUUACCCCUAUCGAGAACAUGGUUUCUCAUCAAUUGGAGAAGAACCAAAUUGAUGGAGAAAAACAGAUCAUUCAAAACCCCGGUGAGAAACAAAGGACUGAAAUGGAGAAGCAAACCAUCGAUAAGUUCGAGGCUUAUGCUCUCGAUAUUCUCUUCUCCACCGGAAAGGGUAAGCCAAAAGAUUUGGAUACCAGAACUACUGUUUAUAAGAGAAAUGAGGAAGUUCAAUAUUCCCUUAAAAUGAAGGCAUCCAGAGCUUUCUACACCGAGUGCGCAAAUAAGAAUGGAGCUAUGCCUUUCACUCUCCGCUCAUUCGAAGAUGAAACCAAGGCUAAGAUGGGAGUUAUCGAGUGCGAGAAGCACGGUUUGGUCAGACCUUAUCAGGUACUGUAUGAGAAGGAAGGAGACGUUGUUGCUCAAUUCAAGGCUACCAUUCUUAUCCUCACUAACGGUUUGGUUAAAGUAGCUGGACUUCCAUUGGAAGAUGUUUACGAGCCAACUGCCAAGAUUCAGGACCCUGCCCUUCUCACCACUUUGAAACAAUCCCUCAAGGUAUCUAAGAAGAAGAACACAGAAAAGACUGAGGCGACCCCUGCGGCUCCAAAGGCUUAA